GAAAAAUUCAAUCAAAUGGAAUCAAAUUCAGUUGAAUAUUGUAUCAUUGGUGUCCAAAUAUUAUCUCAAUUAACAUGUGAAGUUAAUCAAAUUAGUGGAGAUGAGGCAAGUCGGUCAAUAGCAAAACAAAGGAAAAUAGCCUCUUCUUUUCGAGAUACACUUCUUUAUGAAAUAUUUCAAAUAUCUCAUGACUUUUUGAGAAGAGCCUUGGAAAUUUGGAAAAAUACCAAUUUUGAAGAUACAAAUCAAAAAACAUUGAUCCAUCAACUUCUCCGAUUAUCGCUUUCGUGUCUAAUAUUUGAUUUCAUUGGCACCUCACCUGAUGAGUCUUCUGAUGACCUUACGACGGUCCAGAUACCAACAAACUGGAAACCAGCUUUCCUGGAUUUUAAUACUCUUCAACUCUUUUUUGAUCUCUACCGGUGCUUACCGUCAGCUUUAUCACCUUUAGCUCUCUCCUGCUUGGUUCAAAUUGCUUCAGUCCGCCGAUCACUGUUCAGCAAUCAAGAACGUGCCAAAUUUCUGAUGCAGUUAGUCAAUGGUGUUCGAUACAUAUUGGAAAAUCCUAAUGGACUAUCAGAUCAAAGUUGUUAUCAUGAGUUUUGUCGCUUAUUAGCUCGUCUAAAAUCCAAUUUCCAGCUUAGUGAGCUUGUCAAGGUCGACGGUUAUGCUGAAACAAUCGCACUUAUCACCAAAUUCACCGUAACAAGUUUACAGAUGUGCCAAUGUCCACCCAAUUCGAUUCAUUAUUUGUUGAAUCUUUGGCAAAGAAUGGUGGCAUCUGUACCUUACGUUAAGGCCCAAGAACCGCAUCUUCUUGAAACUUACACACCGGAAGUGACCCGAGCCUACAUUACGUCAAGAUUAGAUGCAGUAGCUCGGAUUGUUAAUGAAGGUUUAGAAAGUCCUUUUGAAGAUAUUGGAAUGAUUCAACAGCAAUUAGAGCAAUUAUCGACCAUAGCUCGUUGUGAAUAUGAAAAAACUUGUGCACUCAUCGUUCAAUUGUUUGAUCAAACCGCACAAACAUACCAAGAGUUGUUACGUGCUAAUCCAUCACCAAGAGUUGAAGUGACAAUUGCUGAAGGACAACUCACAUGGCUUGUUUAUAUCAUUGGUGCUGCUAUUGGGGGUAGAGUCUUUUUGAAUAGCACCGAAGAACAUGAUCAAAUGGAUGGCGAAUUGGCUUGCAGAGUAUUACAGUUGAUGCAGUUAACUGAUGCUCGGCUAGCUCAAGGUGGCUUUUGUGAGGAGUUAGAGUUGGCAAUUCUCAGCUUUUUUGAACAAUUUCGUAAAAUUUACAUUGGAGAUCAAGUUCAGAAAACAUCAAAAGUAUAUCGUCGCCUAUCAGUAUUAGGACUAAGCGAGGAAACUCAAGUUCUCAGCAUAUUUGUUAGAAAGAUAAUCACAAAUCUAAAAUAUUGGGGUGUCAGUGAAAUGAUCAUCUCGAAAACUUUACAAAUUCUCAAUGAUUUAUCCGUCGGCUACAGUAGUGUACGAAAACUGGUCAAACUAGAGGAAGUUCAGUUCAUCCUAAGCAACCAUGCAAGUGAUCAUUUCCCAUUCCUGAGCAACGCUGCUCCAAUCAAUCAGAUGCGAUGUCGAUCAACAUUUUACACAUCAUUGGGUAGAUUGUUGAUGAUCGAUCUCGGUGAAGAUGAGGAGAAAUUUGAAGUUUUCAUGAGGCCUCUAACCGCAGCCUUCGAUGCUCUUGGAUCAAUGCUUCUUUCACCUGAUCCCUCAAUCUAUGAUACAGAGGAAGCAAAGAAAGCUUUAAUUGGAAUAGCCAGAGACCUUCGUGGCCUUGUCUAUGCAUUCAAUACCAAAACCAAUUAUAUGAUGUUCUUUAAUUGGAUUUAUCCUGCUUACACUCCCAUUUUCCACCGAGCCAUCGAUCUAUGGUAUCAUCUACAUCAGGUCACUACACCAGUUCUUAAAUUGAUGGCUGAACUUGUUCAAAAUCGCUCUCAAAGGCUCCAAUUUGAUGUAUCAUCUCCAAAUGGUGUUCUUUUAUUCAGAGAAACAAGUAAAAUGAUAGUCAACUUUGGAAUUAUUUAUUCUUUUUCAAAAAAGCCGCUUCUCUUGAACUGACAAAAGCAGCUCAAUGUAUUGACUUACAAUCAGCUGGUGAUUUAGAUAGAGUUUAAUUUAUCUUGUA